AUGCCUGAAGUUCUAGAGAUAUUGCAGUCUCAAGACACGGGGCCGACGAGUAGCCAAAACAACGAGUCGGAGGACAACUUAGAAAGAUUUAUUGCAGCACGAAGGAAGCUCUCAUGCAGCAGUAGCAGUAACAGCAACAGCAGCAGUGUUGUUGCAGUUGUAUUAGCAGCAUUAGUCGUAGCCGCAGCGCGUGCGGGGAUGUUGCAGAUCUUCCCCGACGAGUCCCGCUCCGGCUACCAGGAGACGGAGAAGCUGCACAAGAGGAUCAUGCACUUGGACGCAGUGCAGAGCGGCAUGUUCAUCGUCGACUGUGACUCCUACUACACCACGGCGCAGAAUGGAGCGGGUCAGCACCGGAGGCUACACAUCGUGCACAACUCGGAAACGCCGGCGACAACAUACGCCAUAAUUGAUACCGGAACUAAGCAGGUAACGCUCUCGGCGGAUUUGCUCUUCGACUUCAUCUUGCCUCGGUUCGACCACAUGUACCAGUCGAAGAAGAACCUUAAGAUCGAAUCCAAGGGGUCCAGGUACGAGAUUGGCGACUUUGUGGUCAAGAUCGGCACGGUAACCAUGAGNAUAUAUACAUAUAUUGUAUUAGGUAAUGUACCUGAAAGCAAUGUUUACCUGGUGCGCGACGGGACCUUUGGCGCACCAAGAAUCACCGGUUGGACAGGUGUGGUUGGGGAUCUCCUUGACGGUUCCGCACACCUGUCCUUCGCCCCUUUGUCAGUCACGGUACAAAGGGCAAGACACCUUGAGUUCUCUGAUCCCUACUUUUAUUCUUCAGUCUCUAUCUUGUCAUCUACCAGGCAGAUGGAAGUUCCCCUGUUGGCAUUCCUCGUCCCAUUCAGCCUGGAGUUAUGGAUGGCAAUCUUAGUAUCCCUCAACAUCACCGCUUUCUCCGUGGCUAUAUACGAGUGGCUGAGUCCAUUCGGCCUCAACCCUUGGGGCCGGCAAAGGUCAAAAAACUUCAGCUACGGCUCGGCACUUUGGGUUAUCUGGGGACUCCUCUUCUCGCAUUUGGUGGCUUUUAAAGUUCACGAAUGGGGAAUGAAAACAAUCUGGAGGUAUUCAAAGAAAUAGACUGAGAGGUAAUUAUAACGAGAGAGACCGACAGACAGAGGAAGGUGGUAGCAGGAAAGAAAAUAGAUUUAUUGGUGUUUUUUUUUUAAGUUUGUAAAAUAGAAAAUUCCGGUAAACGAAAAAGCAGCUAGACUUGGUUUAGAUGAUAAAUAAUAGAAAUUAAAAAUUGGAAUAAAAAAUUAUACUGAA